GCGUCACACGCCAGAGGGGGUUCUCCAGUGACGAUAGGGCUGCGUAGCGGAGCAGUCUGCCACAGACAACGGGAAGAAAGACGGUGGCUGGUACGGACGGUGCUGUCUGGCUACAAUAGAAACAAAAGCGAGCGGUCUGUUCGAGCAUAAAGCGCAACGGUGUCUCUUGGAUUAUACAUCGUAACUCUAAUGGUGAUCUGAUAGCUGGGUUAUUGAUCAGGUCCAUGCUAGCUAGAGCCAUGAGCGGUCUACUGAAGAGGAAGUUUGAGGAGGUCUAUGAUGAGGACCAGUGCUACUCCUCUUCCUCCUCCCUGUCCUCCUCAGCCUACUCCGGAUGGGACUCGGAGGGCGAGAGCUGCUACUCAGACACCCUUGACUCAACACCCAGCAACCCUGGCUCUCCAGACACGCAUUGCAACACCAAGUCCAUCCCGAAGAAGGCUAAGCGUGAACGGCUAGGGCGGGGCAACGUGACCUUUGACACAGUGACAGUGUUUCUCUUCCCGCGAUGCCAGGGCUUCAGCAGCGUGCCCAGUAGAGGGGGCUGUUCCCUGGGCAUGAUGCAGCGCCACAGCGCCCUCCGCAGGUACACCAUGGAAGAGUACGCUGUGGAGCAACACAUCCUUCGUCGGGAGAAACUCCUCAACCGCCUCCGAGAGGAGAAACUAGACGCUCUGAAACAGAAACUGACUAAGGGAGGCACAGUGGAGUCAGAGGAGGUUGACCGCCUCACCAUCGAAGACAUCCCUGAGGACGAGAUGGACAUUAGCAGCUGUAACCUAGACGACGACUCCUUCCUCCACCCCUACCCCUCCAAGAGGAGACAAGCCCUGCUGAAGGCUGCAGGGGUGAAGAUCGAUAAGGAGGAGAAGAGGAAGCUCCAGCAGCUGAGAGUGUCCAGGGAGGACUGUGGCUGUGACUGCCAGGGCUUCUGUGAGCCAGAGACCUGCGCCUGCAGCCUGGCAGGCAUCAAGUGUCAGAUGGACCACUCGUCAUUUCCCUGCGGCUGCACUAAGGAUGGCUGCUGUAACCCGGAAGGGCGUAUAGAGUUCAACUCCAGCCGGGUUCAGACCCACUACAUCCACACCAUCAUGAAGCUAGAGCUGGAGAAGAGACUGGAGGAGACGUCUGGACCAGAGGAAGAGACCGCCCCAGCCCACAACCCCCUGUCCAACCUCCCUUCCAUCCCAGACCGCCCCUCCUUCCACUUCAGCUCAGAGCUGGAGAAGAGACUGGAGGAGACGUCUGGACCAGAGGAAGAGGAUCUGGGAGAGACCGCCCCAGCCCACAACCCCAUGUCCGACCUCCCCUCCAUCCCAGAUGGCCCCUCCUUCCACUUCAGCUCAGAGCUGGCGGCGGUCGGGGAGAACAGCUGUAGCAGCGACAUGACAGACUCCUCUGUCUCCUCGGGGGGGAGUGAGGACUCAGAGGAAGGGGCGGGUUUAGGCCGGGAGGACGAUGUGGAGGAAAACGGACAGCGCCGCGUCCUCAGCGACAACGACGACUAUAACGUAAAUCACUACGUUGUUAAUGACAACCGCUGUUGCCCCAAGCAAUGGCUGCAGCAGCAGAAGCAGGCGUCGUCCAUGACGACAACAGCCUGGAUGUUGGCAGGGUUUAGCACGGCAGACUUCCCAGAGGAGAAUGACAAUCUAGAGGUGCGCACAGACAACCGGGCCAUGGCCAUAUCACAACGGUUCGAUGAUAACGCUAACCAAGGCAACGGUCUGUUCCACCACCACAGCAGCUGCAGUUACUCUAACCCCCCAUCCCCCUCCGUAGACUGCCCCAACCCCCCAUCCCCCUCCGUAGACUGCCCCAACCCCCCAUCCCCCUCCGUAGACUGCCCCAACCCCCCAUCCCCCUCCGUAGACUGCCCCAACACCCCAUCCCCCUCCGUAGACUGCCCCAACACCCCAUCUCCCUCAGUAGACGGCACCGCUGCCAGCUACAUGGACCUUAGCCUGUCCUCAGAGUCUGACCUGGAGUUCUUUGAUGGUUUCUGUCUGGGUCCUUCCUCCCUCUACAACUCCCUAACAGAGUACCAACACAUGGACACCUUCUUUCACUUCCAGUUGCCUAGUUACCCCAGCAGCCAAUCACAGGCCUGCGACCCCGGGACCUGCCCCCUGGAGUCUCUGAUUGGUCUGUCAGAAUCUGACCCAGAACCCCCUGCAACGUUCACAGACAAUCAGUUGUUGGAAGAAGCCGUCAGGGGUUAACUAUCGGGACCUGAACCGCCAACUCUUUUCUGGACUAUGUAGGGAAUUAGGGGGGAUGGGGGUCAGUGUAAACAGACUUCUGUUGGAAGAAGCUGUGAUUUCUCUCUUGCCUUCCAAAUGUUAGCAAAGCAGUUGGUAAUUAUCGCUAUAUGAAAUGGCAGCUAACGUUUCACUUGGUAAUUAUCGCUAUUUGAAAUGGCAGCUAACGUUUCACUUGGUAAUUAUCGCUAUAUGAAAUGGCAGCUAACGUUUCACUUGGUAAUUAUCGCUAUAUGAAAUGGCAGCUAACGUUUCACUUGGUAAUUAUCGCUAUGAAAUGGCAGCUAACGUUUCACUUGGUAAUUAUCGCUAUAUGAAAUGGCAGCUAACGUUUCACUUGGUAAUUAUCGCUAUAUGAAAUGGCAGCUAACGUUUCACUUGAUAAUUAUCGCUAUAUGAAAUGGCAGCUAACGUUUCACUUGGUAAUUAUCGCUAUAUGAAAUGGCAGCUAACGUUUCACUUGGUAAUUAUCGCUAUAUGAAAUGGCAGCUAACGUUUCACUUGGUAAUUAUUGCUAUAUGAAAUGGCAGCUAACAUUUUAUAAAAGUGAGAUUAAAAUAAGUCAUUUUCUACUUUGUAAAAUAAUAGUGAAGACAUCAAAACUCUGAAAUAACACGUGUUGGGUUUUAUAUAUCGCUAAAUGUCAACCUCCGAAACUAAGAAUCGUACAGCUGAGUAUUAAUGAAUACUCUGAGAAACCAAAAAUGCUAUUCAAAACACCUAUAACUUUUAUCUAUAUAUUAUUAUUAUUUUAAUGUAUUUCUUUUAUGAUUGACUAUUUAUUUUCAGAUGAAAAACCCACUAAAGCUGUGCUGAAGCAGCACUGUGAUUUGAUAUUUAUAACCUGGAAGUGCAAUAUGUGUCCCAAACCCUAUUCCCUAUAUACUGUAGUACCCUAGGGGCUCUGGUGUAAAGUGGUGCACUAUAUAGAGAAUAGGGUGCCAUUUGGAACUGAAUCCGUAUUAGACAUGGUCAGCAAUAUGGGAUUAUAUAAAAGACCAUUGGGAAAGUAUUUAAUAUCUGUUCUCUUAUUGGUUAAACAACAUUUUGGUAACAUUAUUUUAGUAGUUUGAUCUAAUUUCUUACAUGUUGGGCAAUACGAGAGAGGUGGUGUUUACUCAGGAGGGCUAUGGCCCAAUCCCAAAUCAAUCCCUAAACCCUACGCCAUUGUGGAGAUCUGAUUGGUAAAAACAAUAUAAUGACACUUCCACCUAGCCUAUCAGGGAGCUAUUACCAUAUUGACUGCACCUGUCAAAUCCAAUCAGCUCUCCACACGUGUAGGGUUGAGGGGUCGAUUCGGCCAACGUCUAGCCAUCUCUACUAGGCCAACGUCUAGCCAUCUCUACUAGGCCAACGUCUAGCCAUCUCUACUAGGCCAACGUCUAGCCAUCUCUACUAGGCCAACGUCUAGCCAUCUCUACUAGGCCAACGUCUAGCCAUCUCUACUAGGCCAACGUCUAGCCAUCUCUACUAGGCCAACGUCUAGCCAUCUCUACCAGGCCAACGUCUAGCCAUCUCUACUAGGCCAACGUCUAGCCAUCUCUACUAGGCCAACGUCUAGCCAUCUCUACUAGGCCAACGUCUAGCCAUCUCUACUAGGCCAACGUCUAGCCAUCUCUACCAGGCCAACGUCUAGCCAUCUCUACUAGGCCAACGUCUAGCCAUCUCUACUAGGCCAACGUCUAGCCAUCUCUACUAGGCCAACGUCUAGCCAUCUCUACCAGGCCAACGUCUAGCCAUCUCUACUAGGCCAACGUCUAGCCAUCUCUACUAGGCCAACGUCUAGCCAUCUCUACUAGGCCAACGUCUAGCCAUCUCUACUAGGCCAACGUCUAGCCAUCUCUACCAGGCCAACGUCUAGCCAUCUCUACUAGGCCAACGUCUAGCCAUCUCUACUAGGCCAACGUCUAGCCAUCUCUACUAGGCCAACGUCUAGCCAUCUCUACUAGGCCAACGUCUAGCCAUCUCUACUAGGCCAACGUCUAGCCAUCUCUACUAGGCCAACGUCUAGCCAUCUCUACUAGGCCAACGUCUAGCCAUCUCUACUAGGCCAACGUCUAGCCAUCUCUACUAGGCCAACGUCUAGCCAUCUCUACUAGGCCAACGUCUAGCCAUCUCUACUAGGCCAACGUCUAGCCAUCUCUACUAGGCCAACGUCUAGCCAUCUCUACUAGGCCAACGUCUAGCCAUCUCUACCAGGCCAACGUCUAGCCAUCUCUACUAGGCCAACGUCUAGCCAUCUCUACCAGGCCAACGUCUAGCCAUCUCUACUAGGCCAACGUCUAGCCAUCUCUACUAGGCCAACGUCUAGCCAUCUCUACUAGGCCAACGUCUAGCCAUCUCUACUAGGCCAACGUCUAGCCAUCUCUACCAGGCCAACGUCUAGCCAUCUCUACUAGGCCAACGUCUAGCCAUCUCUACUAGGCCAACGUCUAGCCAUCUCUACUAGGCCAACGUCUAGCCAUCUCUACUAGGCCAACGUCUAGCCAUCUCUACCAGGCCAACGUCUAGCCAUCUCUACCAGGCCAACGUCUAGCCAUCUCUACUAGGCCAACGUCUAGCCAUCUCUACUAGGCCAACGUCUAGCCAUCUCUACUAGGCCAACGUCUAGCCAUCUCUACUAGGCCAACGUCUAGCCAUCUCUACUAGGCCAACGUCUAGCCAUCUCUACUAGGCCAACGUCUAGCCAUCUCUACUAGGCCAACGUCUAGCCAUCUCUACUAGGCCAACGUCUAGCCAUCUCUACUAGGCCAACGUCUAGCCAUCUCUACCAGGCCAACGUCUAGCCAUCUCUACUAGGCCAACGUCUAGCCAUCUCUACUAGGCCAACGUCUAGCCAUCUCUACUAGGCCAACGUCUAGCCAUCUCUACUAGGCCAACGUCUAGCCAUCUCUACUAGGCCAACGUCUAGCCAUCUCUACUAGGCCAACGUCUAGCCAUCUCUACUAGGCCAACGUCUAGCCAUCUCUACUAGGCCAGCAGCACAGUGCUUCUGUUUGAGCUGUACUGUAUAACAUUCCUAUUUUAGAAAUCAAAUUAUAGAGUACUGGGUCUUUCUGUAGAUACUGCUAUCUAUAAUGUUACCAUAGAGAAUCACUAUUUUAUAAAUCAUUUGUGUAGAUUGAAAGAAAGAAUUAUAAAUCUGUGUCACUGAAAUUAUUUUAUUAAGAAAAUGCAAAUUGUGUAUUUUUUUUGUUUUUUAAUAUUGAAACCUUUGUAAUAGAUAAAUGUAGACGUAUUUUGAAAGCUUUUGCUCCCCAGUAUUUUCCAUUGGACUAUGAAAUGCCACUAAAACAAAAUGAAUUAGAAAAAUAUCCAUAUGAUCGUUGUGACUGAGACGACAUGAUAUUUUUAUGGGUAAAAAAACGUCAUAUAUUUAUGCAGAAAGACUCAGAAGUUGUGUGUUUACCUCCAUUAAGUCCUCAAGCAGACCUUUUUGAACAAAUGGCCUGGAUGCUGAGAUGAAGAUACGGAACUAGUUGAGCUGAUCCGUACUCUGUCUCUACAGCCAGCCCCGUUCACACCGUCUGUUUUACGAUCUGAUUUGGGGUAUACUUUAAAACGCUGCAUAAUGUAUUCUUCUGCUAUCUGCCUUCAUUUGCUUACGUUGACAUCAUCUCAUUGAGAAAAAAAAAACCAAGGCCACCAACAGAACACAUCUUCUCUGGUGUAAAUGCAUUAAUCUAAGUAAAGACAUGGCAACAAUGGGUAUUCAUUACAUUCUUGAAUGGAGAGCAAACCAGAGCAGUUUGAUUUUUCCCUUUCAUUGUCCCUCUCUAACUGCCCGUUUUUAAAAAGCUGUUCAUUUCAUCCAAGUCCCUUUUUGACAGUUUGUCCCUUUUGAAAAAAUUAAACUUUUUCUUAAAUGCU